AAAGAUAAAUAAAAUAUCGGGCCAUACCUAUAUCUGUUCAACUACUCGCCGACCUACGGGCUCUGCUCUCGGCGAAAAGCUUUGGUUCAUCCGCCGGGUUGCGAGUUUUGAAUUGCACCAAUACGUACGACGGUAUUUCCCGACCUACUUCUAAGCCUAUCUGGGACCGUUUUCCGCGCAAUUGUUACUCCCCUUGAGCACUAAGCUACGUGUAGCUCCACCGCUACUACCAGCAUGUCCGGGGCGGCACCGAACUCGGCGGGGACGAAUAGCCUUGGGGACGCAUUCAAGCAACAGCAUCGCCGCCACGAAGACAGGGAAGACGCAGUAGACGGGGAGGAGAUCCCGGCGUUCCAGACCAUCGCACCGAGCAUAUUCGCCGCCGCGCGGGUUGACCUCACCAAACCGCCGCCGGAGCUGCCAUCCGAGCUCCACAAGGCGCGCGAGACGGUGCUCGGUGACAUUGACGAGCACACCAAGGCGAUCCAGGACAACAUAUACUGGAUGCUGAAUCGGGAGAAGACGCGGAUCCGGCAAGAGUGCUGGCAGCGGGAGGCGCGGCUUGCGGCGCGCGGCCUCACGCGAGGGGCCGCACCGGGCCUGACCGAGGACGAGCAGCGGCGGUGGAUCCCGGACAAUGGCAUGGAGCUCGACGACAUCUUCUUUAUCCGCUCCUACUGCCCAGAGCCGCCACGGGGCGGGCCCUACGAGGUCGCGCCGGGCUUUAGCCACACCUCCUGCCUGCACGUCGAGACCGGCUGGCGAUUUAGGGAGUCGCCGCGCAAGUCCGCUGAGAAGAUGAUGCUCAACCUCGUCAAGCACGGUGUCCAGAAUCUCGAGGGCCUCGACCAGCACGUCAAGGACGUCAAGGAGGCCCGCAUCCUGGAGCUAGAGGGUGAGUUGCGAGCCAAGGGCGACUUGCGCGCCAGGAGCGAGGAGGGGGAGAUUCUUGACUCCCCCGGGGAUAGGAUGGAGCUUAGCUGACGCUGUAUGGUCGGCGACGGAUUACACAUGAGCAAUUAGAACCGCGCGCCACCUCUUCCCUUACUACCGACGCCAUGACAUAUUAAACGAACCAGGUGCCUUUUUGUCAAUUUCUCACGAUCAUCUUCCUUCCUUCCUGCAUCGUGCUUUCAUCAUAUUAACACACGUAUCCUAAACGCCGCUGUCGUCCGCGGGAGGUUCCGGAUAGUUAUAAGACUGGGUGCGACCGACCUCCCACGGCUUCGGAGGCGCCGUGAGCCGGCCGCGGGUAGUGAUAGUCGGGUCCUCGACGACCGUGUCGGGGAUCUGCCUGAUCCCCGGGAUGGGCUUGCCGGUCUGUAGGAACUCGACUAUCUCCUCAAACUUCUUGGGGUACGGCUCCUUGCCAGGGUCAGUCGUUGCGGCGUCCUUCUUCUCGACGUAGAGCUCCGCUGUCGGUGCCGCGUUCUGCCAGCUGGGAACCGCUACCUGAGCCGGCUCCGGCGUGGUUGGCUGGAGAGCAGUGUGGCCGAGAGGAUCGCCCAGCUCCACCAAGAGGCGUGCGAAUUUCCUAUCUUCUGGGUUUGACUGGUCGUUGCUU